AGUGCGUCGGCUAUGGCCUCUUAACUUUAAGAAGGGAAACAUAGCAUCUAGUGCCCAGCGGAAAAGGAUGAGUCCUAAGCCUGAGCUUACUGAAGAGCAGAAACAAGAAAUCAGGGACGCUUUUGAUCUCUUUGAUGCUGAUGGAACUGGGACCAUAGAAGUUAAAGAAUGUAAGGUGGCAAUGAGUGCCCUGGGGUUUGAACCCAAGGAAGAAGAAAUCAAGAAAAUGAUAAGUGAAAUUGAUAAGGAAGGCACUGGAAAAAUGAACUUUAGUGACUUUUUGACUGUGAUGAUUUAGAAAAUGUCUGAGAAAGAUACCAAAGAAGAAAUUCUGAAAGCUGUCAAGCUCUUCGAUGAUGAUGAAAUUGGGAAGAUAUCGUUCAAAAAUCUGAAACGCGUGGCCAAGGAGUUGGGCGAGAACCAGACAGAUGAGGAGCUACAGGAAAUGACUGAUGAAGGUGAUCGAGAUGGAGAUGGAGAAGUCAAUGAGAAAGAAUUCCUGCGCAUCAUGAAAAAGACCAGCCUUUACUAAGAUCCAUGUCGUCUUUUCUACUGCAGGCACACCUAACUAGAUUUAGUGCCUGCCAUCGUGUAAAAUCUGGCU